AUGUAAGACUAUAGGGGGAAUUUCAAAAGAAUUGAAUUCGGUAUAUAAUAAACUCCUGCUAAAUCAACAGCAAAUAUGAAUGAUUUUUAAUCAUCUUAAAAAUUGAAAUAUGACUAAAUGAGCAAUAAACCUUUAUCUUCCAAUAUCAGUUUUAUUAAUGCUCCUGUUACUACAGUCUCAAAAGAGCUUUUCACUUUGUAAAUUCCUGUAAAAGUGAAAUAGUUGACGGAUGAUUGGAAUACACAAUUAAUUUUGAAAAUGAUCAUGCAAUAGAGUUAAUAAUAGGCUCAUGGUUAAAUCUUGAGGAUUGAAUUGACAGAUGAUAACAAUUUACAGUUUUUGUAGAUACUUGAUUUGACAGAAAGUGAAUUUUUGGUAUUAAAAAAUGAAUAAAGUCUGCAUGUCGAUUUUGCCACUUUUCCAAUGAAACUUGCAGAUUUGUUAUAGUUGUGCAUAAAUAGUUAAAGAGAUGAAAAAGUGAAUUUUUAUGUUUGCUUGGAAACCAAGAACGGAGAAUCUACACUUGCAGUAAUUGAAAAUAAUGAGUUUAAAAAAUUGACCCAUUUAUCUUUGAGACUACGUAGUGCAACAGACGAUGUGAUCAAAGUGUUCUUAUCCAAUAAAUUAGCAAUAGAAAAAUAGGAAAAUGAAGAGCACCAAAAAAGAAACAAAAAAUUAACUGAGUUGUUGGAGGAAAAACAUUGGGAACUAGAAAAUUUGAAGUCUGAAGUCAGAAAAUUCACAGAGGAUAAAGAUACAGCCAUAUAAUAAUUAUUAUUAGAUGAAUAAAAGAAAUUCAAUGAUUUUAGAGAAUAAACUUUGAGUAAGGAAACUAAUUUUAAAAGGGAGAGUGAAAAUGAAAAACAAUUUAUUAUUGAAAAAUACGAUAAAAUUGUAUUUGAAUUAUAGAGCAAAUACACACAAUUAUAAUAGACUAAUUAAGAAUUAUCUGAAUAAAGAUCUCUACUUAUUUAAUAGGAGAGGGAUCUCAAAAAUAAAGUAGCGAUUCUUCAAUAAGAAACCUCACAAUAUUAAAAAGAGAAUUAAGAAUUUAGAUAAUUGAAUAAAGAAUUAGAUAUACUAAAAUUUACUUAAGAGAGACAAUUGAUAGAAUUGAGAAUUUAAAAGGAAGGAUUUGAAAAAUUAAUACAUGAUAAGGAAGAAUAUUUGAAUAAUAAAUAAUAGUUAGUAGAAAAUGAGAAAAAAUAAAAUUCUAUUCUUGAAGAAUAAGUUAUAAAUUAAAAAAAAUAAAUAGAGAAACUCGAAUCCAGAAUCAGUGUCAUGAGUGAGGAAGUAAACAAAGGAAAUUAGAUCAUUGAAAAACUGGAAAAUGAGCUUAGCAAAUAAAAAGAAAAAAUUAAAUUAAAAAAUACUGUUUUCCUCUAAUAAGAAUGCAAAUGA